UCUCUCUCUCUCCCCCACUGUCACCGACGUUAUCCGUCUGGAGAUUGGAGAUCGGAGAUCGGUUCGAUCAUUUACAGUAAUUUUUCGUUCAAUUUCUUCUCUUAAACUUCAUAAUUCGGGAAUCGAGUCAUAGUUUCGAUCUCUGCAGCCAGUAGGGAGCUGAUAGUGUUCUCGGAGUAGCUUUCUGGAGAAAAUCAGAAUGUCAGAGUUGAAUGAGUUAUUCUCUAAGGCUUGCGUGGAUGGAUCCCCAGACCAUGAUGAAAGGAAAGACCAAAAAGUAGAUUUUGAAAUAUCCGAGGAUGAGAAGAGUAGUCGGAUUGGAAUGUUGAAGAAAAAAGCAAUGGGUGCAUCUAGUAAAUUUAGGGAUUCAAUAAAGAGGGGCAGUAGAAGGAAUAGUGAGGUUCAAGCUUCUAUUCCCAUAAAAGAUGUUCACGAUGCUAAAGUGGAAAAGGCAGUAGAUGCUUUCCGACGUGAGCUGAUUUCAAAUAACUUGCUUCCCCCCAAACACGAUGAUUAUCAUAUAAUGUUAAGAUUCUUGAAAGCACGAAAGUUUGACAUCAGAAGAGCGAUACAUAUGUGGGCUGAGAUGCUAGAAUGGAGGAAUGACUUUGGAACUGACACUAUCAUGGAGGAUUUUAAGUUUAAAGAGUUGAACGAAGUUCUUGACACUUACCCCCAGGGUUACCAUGGUAUAGAUAAAGAAGGGAGGCCUGUAUACAUAGAGAGACUAGGAAAAAUUGAUCCAGUCAAACUUAUGCAAGUGACAACCUUAGACCGAUAUGUGAAGUACCAUGUUCGAGAGUUUGAGAAGACUGUUUGUAUUAAAUUCCCAGCAUGUUCCUUGGCUGCAAGAAGGCAUAUAGAUACAAGCACAACAAUAUUAGAUGUGGAAGGCCUGGGUUUAAAGAACAUGACAAAACCAGUUAGAGAAGUUAUCAUGCAGUUGCAAAAGAUUGAUAAUGAUAACUAUCCAGAGACACUUGAACGGAUGUUUAUUGUAAAUACUGGUCCUGGGUUUAGGUUGCUAUGGAGUACAGUGAAAACAUUUCUGGAUCCUAAAACAGCUUCAAAGAUUCAUGUUCUCAGUGCAAAUUAUCAGAGCAAAUUACUAGAAAUAAUUGAUGCAAGUGAACUGCCUGAAUUUCUAGGAGGUAAUUGUACCUGUGCUGAUAAGGGAGGUUGUUUGAGAUCUGAGAAAGGACCAUGGAAAGAUCAUGAUAUAUUAAAGCUUGUGGUGAAAGCCAGUGAUACUUCUGCUGAAGAUAUAGGUCCAAGGUUGGCUCCUGUCCUUGAAGAAGAAGUUAGGGCGAAGGGAAACGCAGAAUGCGGAAGUGGCUUGUCUAUGACUAGUAAAGUUGAUGUGAUCAGGGGAUCAGAAGAGAUAGGAUCAUUUCAAAGACAUAAUGGUUUUAGAGGUUAGAGAGUCAUCUGUUAUUUUUUUUUUAUGAAAAAAAAAUUGAUUUGCAAGUAAAGCAACUAGUGAAUUAAUUUGGCCAUUUAUAUAAAACAAUAAUUCAGUUUCCAUUU